UUCUCGCGGGUGGUGGUGCUUCUGGUCUUGGGGAGGGGAGGGGCGCGAGCGAGCGAGAGAGAGAGAGAUGGCGGUGGAGAAGACGGUGCCGGGCGGGGUGAGGACGGUGCUGGUGACGGGCGGGGCGGGGUACAUCGGCAGCCACGCCGUGCUGUAGCUGCUCCUCGCCGGCUUCCGCGCCAUCGUCGUCAACUUCCGCGCCGUCGUCGUCGACAACCUCAACAACUCCUCCGAGCUCGCCGUGCGCCGCGUCGCCGCCAUCGCCGGCGACCACUCCCGGAACCUCGCCUUCCACAAGCAUCCGCCAAAGGAGCCCUUCGCCUCCCCGCCGCCUCGACGACGCCGGCGACCAGGAGAUCCCGCGGCGAUGCCGCCGCCGCCGCAGCACCCCCUUCCGUCACCAUGCCGCCGACACUGCUGCCUGCUGCUUCUCCUGCUCUCCACGCUUCUGCUCUCUUCAGCAAGCAGCUUGGAGGAGGGGAGGGUCCUCACCGUCGGCGACGAGCUGAUGGGUGAGACGAUGCUGUUGCGCCACGGCAGCCGGCUGUACAGGCUCGACGGGACGCGGUCGUCCGCGUGGUACGAAGUCAAGAUCUCCUACCCGGCUUCCAUACCGUCGAGCUUCUCGAUCCGGCUUGUGGACGAUCCUCACUCUGUGGAGUAUUUGGGGAGCAUGAACAGGAGGUUGCUCAACACGGAGAAGAUAAUUUUCAAGGCUCAGAAUAGCUGGCCAGUUUAUGUUCUUGUCACGGUGGAGCCUGAAGGGGUAGUUGCAAAGCCAAAUGUGCCGGAGAGAGAGCUUGCGGUGUUCAACAUUGUUUGUGACGAACUUAUGUUUGGGAUCCCACAUUUUGCCUGGUGGGUUGGAAUUGGAUCUCUAUUCUGCAUUGCGCUGGCAUCGGUGGCUCCCUAUUUUCUCCCGCUGCACAAGCUACUUAACUAUGAAGCCACAGAACUGAGGGAUGACGAUGCGGCUAAGCUCUCAUGAUAGAUGGAAGUGUGCUGAAUGAUACAGGCUAUUGUACAGGCAUCUAGCUCUUUUUUUCCUUUCCAUCAGAUGCAGCUGUGUACAAGUAUUUACUGUACAUUACAAUACAAUGGUAGAUUCAUUCAUUUCAAUCUUGUAAGAUUGGUUCCGCGAUACUUGGUUUUAAACGGAAAAGGCUAUACACACUAACUUUAUUUUACUAAAUUCUUACUAACACUGAUGUGCUAUUCUAUGUGUA